GGUGGACAAUGUGCGGGACCAGGUCCUUAAGGAUGAUCUUCCUGCAUUGUUUUACAGCUCCUGGCUCGUGGGGUCUGAGAGGGAAGGGGCCUCUGGAAGGCAUCUUGCAACACUUCUGGGGCUUUGCUGCCAAAACUCCUCAGGGAAUUACAGCUCAUGGAGAAGAAGGAACAAUUGCUGGAUUCCUCCUUCAUUUCCAACUGCAUAUUUUAUGUGUUAAUCCACCCCAUAGACUGGCAAGUACCGAAGAAGGGGCCAUGGGAGCUGUUGCUGUGCAGGAAGCCAAAGCAGUCCUGGCAGAUAUGGCCUGGAGGGAAGCUAAAGGAGCAGCUCAGAUCUUUGGCUUUGACCUUUUACGAUGAAAGCGAGGCAUGGGAGACAGACCAAAGAUGAGCCUCAUGGAUAUCAAUAAAAUGUUCUCCAUGCUCCAGCCCACUGAAGACGAAGAUGACAACGGGGAAAGCGAGGAGCUGAACCGGGCAGUGCUGGAGGACAACCACCAAACCCUGGAGAGCCUCUUGUGCCAAGACAGGUACAAGAAGCUGAUCAACCGCAGGAGCGGCUGGGGAGUGCCCAGCACCCCGCUGCGCCUGGCAGCUACCUGGGGCUGCCUCAGGAGCAUGAAGGUCCUCCUGGCCCACGGGGCUGAGGUGGACAGCCUGGAUGUCAAGGCUCAAACCCCGCUCUUCAUGGCAGUCAGCAACGGCCACCAGGAGUGCGUGGAGCUCCUCCUGGACGCGGGGGCCAGUCCCGGCGGCAGCAUCUACAACAACUGCUCGCCGCUGCUCAUCGCCGCGAGGGACGGUGCCGUGGGCAUCCUGCAGCAGCUCCUGGACCACGGUGCAGAGGCCAACGUCCACGCCAGGCUGCCCGAGUGGGCCACCAACUCGGUGGCGUGUUCUGGUCCCCUCUACCUCGCUGCUGUGUACGGGCACCUGGAGUGCUUUAAGCUGCUGUUGCUUUACGGUGCUGACCCCGACUAUAACUGCACGGAGGAGACGGUGAUCGCCCAGAUCAAGGAGCCCAAGACUGUGCUGGAAACCUGCCUGAGGCACGGCUGCAGGAGCGAGUUCAUCAAGCUGCUCAUUGACUUUGGAGCCAAUGUGUACUUGCCCAACGUGGUGUUAGAUGAGGCAGCACCCCGCAGCGAGGGCCUGGAGCUGCUGCUGCAGGCGAGAGCUCAGCCCCAGUCCUUGAUGUCUCAGUCCAGGCUGGCCAUGAGGCGUCUCCUGAAGCAGGCUGCUGGCCCACAGGCCCUGGGCAAGCUGGAGCUGCCACCGGUCCUGGCCAGCUACCUCCAACACCAGCCCCACCACCAGCGCCUCCUGCCCCGGACCAGGGUCCAGCACCCCAAUUAAAAGCCACUUGGACAUCCUGGGCUGUGAAGCUGUGAUUGCAAAGCAAUUUUUGCCUAUGAUGCAUCUCCAAAAUGGUGCCUGUGUGAAAAGGUGGUGAGGGAAAGGGGGCAGAAACCAGGAACCCUCAGCUCCUGCUGUGUGUUAGGGUGAGGGUGCAGUGGGAUCUGAUUUAGCUGUGUUUGGUUUUAAACCCUCUUUACUGGAGGAUUUUAUCUACUUGAUACUGGUUGGAGAAGGGGUUGGGAAAACACAUGGAGAGCAGAGGCUGCUCUUACCCCCUCCCCUCACGGGGAAGAAGUGAGGCACAAUGUGACUUCAUGCCUGGGGCUUUCUGUGUUGGUGCAAAGCCCUGUUCUCCCAGGCAGUGGGGCAGGGGCUCAGAGAAGCAGGCAGAGGCUGGAGCCAGCUGCUCUCUUAUCUCCCUUCCCCAUCUGUUUGUCUUCCUCACCUCAAGAGCCAUUCCUGCCAUGGCUGAGGGC